AUGUCCAACAAAAUCUGCACCAUCUCCCCCUCCACCAACAAGGUCAUCUUCGAGCACCCGGGAACCUCCCCAGACGAAGCCCGCCAGCUGGCCAUCGCCGCACAAGAUGCCUUUAAAUCAUACAAACAGAUCCCGCUGCCUGAGAGAAAGGCAAUUAUCGUCAAGGCACUGAACCUGAUUGACGCAGACAAAGAGACCCUCGCGCAGGAGCUGACGACCCAAAUGGGUCGUCCCAUUUCCUACAGCACCAAGGAAAUCGACACCAUGCGCAAACGCGCCGAGUACCUGCUUGACAUUGUUGAUGACAGCUUGAAGAAUCUCCCCGGUCAGCCGGAGAAUGGGUUCAGACGGUUCUUGAAAAAGGAGCCUGUGGGGGUUGCUUUUAUUUCGACGGCGUGGAAUACACCUCUGGUCGGCGAGCGUCUCCAGUCCAUCUUCACCCAGGCCGGUCUCCCACCCAAUGUCUUCCAGCUCAUCCACUGCGGUUCUCCAGACACGCUAGACCAGAUCGUCGCUCUCCCACAGAUCAGCCUCGUCUCCUUCACUGGCUCCACGGCGGGAGGUCUUCGUCUCCGCGAAGCCACAGCGCGACGAGUCGUUCCCGUCAACCUGGAACUCGGCGGGAAUGACGCGACAUACGUGCGUUCCGACGCAGACAUAUCCUACGUCGCGGCGCAGGUUGUCGAUGGCGCGGUGUUUAACUCCGGGCAGAGCUGUUGCUCGAUCGAGCGUGUCUACGUGCAUGCGGACGUGCACGAUGUGUUUGUCACUGCCGUUCAGAAGGAACUGGAAUCAUACAAACUCGGCACACCAGUAGACCCAACCACCAAUGUCGGCCCCGUUAUCUCCCCACAAGCCGUGAGAACCAUCAACGCACACAUCACCGACGCGUUAUCCAAGGGCGCUAUCGACGCAACUCCCGCAAAUCCCACGUUUACUUCUCCCCCCGCAGAAGGGAACUACGUCGCGCCGCGACUCCUGGUGAACGUAUCACAUGAGAUGCAGACGAUGCGCGAAGAGACCUUUGGUCCUGUGAUUCCCGUCAUGAAGGUCGGGUCGGAUGACGAGGCGAUUGCACUGAUGAAUGAUAGCGACUACGGCUUGACUGCGAGUGUCUGGACAAAGGAUAUUGCUGCCGGGGAGACAUUGAUUGAGAGGAUCGAGGCGGGGACGGUGUAUAUUAAUCGGUGUGACUAUCCUAGUCCGUGUUCGGCUUUUCUCCGGAAUCGGUGCUCCGCGCGCGCUCCCGGACCGCGGGGGCCUAUCUUAUCGUAUCCGAUGCUUAUCACCGGUGGUGGAUCGGGUCGCGUUCUUCGAAAGAAUGCCAUUGUCACCGGCGCAGCUGGAGGCAUUGGCCUGGAAACGACCAUCCUCAUGCUGCGCGAAGGCGCCUCCGUCCUCAUGACCGAUAUCAGUACUCCCGGCCUCGAAAAGGCCCUUGCGAAAGUGAACGAAGUGGUUCCGCAGCGUGAUGGCAAGGUGGAGAUUCGCGUAGUUGAUGUGUCUAAGGAGGCAGAGGUGGAGGCGGCCGUUGCACACUUGGACGCCUGGGGUGGGUUAGAUGUGAUGUUCAAUAACGCUGGGAUUAUGCACCCCAAGGAUGGCGAUUCGGAGGAAACACCUGAGAAUAUCUGGGAUUUGACAAUGAAUAUCAAUGUCAAGGGUGUGUGGUACGGAUCGAAGCAUGCAGUGAAGAGCUUACGGAAACACGGCAAGAAGAAGGGGAGUAUCAUCAACACUGCUAGCAUGGUCGCCCUGGUGGGUGCCGCAACCCCACAAUUGGCCUAUACUGCAAGCAAGGGUGCCGUUUUGGCCAUGACACGAGAACUGGCGAUUGUACAUGCGCGAGAGGGUAUGUCUGAUUGGCUCGGAGACGACAAGGAGAAGCGUUUUCGCCGUGAGGUUCAUUUCCCCACCGGUCGUUUUGGCGAGGCGAUUGAACAGGCCCAUGCUGUAAUCUUCCUGGCCAGCGAUGAGAGUAGCUUUGUCAAUGCCGCUGAUUUUGUUGUCGACGGUGGGCUGACCAAGGCCUACGUGACCCCCGAGGGCCCCGCAACUGAGGCCCCCAAGAACCUCGGCCAAUAG